AUGACUCAGUCCUGGGUCCCCCAACAAGCGUUUGGGGGUGAGAAUACACGGAUCCACUAUAAACCGAGGGAUGUUGCACAAACAGCUGCUCAUCCAAGGCAAUCAGGCCAUCAAGGGGAUACCCAGCUGCGAAUGACCCGACACCCUCAUGUCGCCCCUCACAAAUCGAUGCUUGCAGAUGACCUAAAGCUGAGCAGUGAUGAAGAGGACUCACACACUGUGAACCAUGAUGCACCAUGGGAAGGCCACAGCCGGUCGGCCCAGUCACAUGGCAGGAGGGUGCGACAUUCCAGCUCGGACUCCUCGGACUCAAACUCAAGCGUUGAGUCAAACGGCAGUAGUUUUUACUCCCACCAAUCCAGCCAAAAGGCUCGCCCUACAAAUGUGUCACCCACUAAUGCACAAGACCCCUGCAGCAGCAAAGAGGGGGGCCAACCUUCAACAGCCCAGUGGACGUUGGACAAGUGGUGGAGAAAGGCCAGAAAGAAAUCAUCCAGUGGUGAACAGGAUCCUUCUGAGAACAUUCCUGGAUACCCGCCCUCUCCGGACGCCCAAAGAGCCCCAUCGCCGGCCAGGUCCUGGGAUAGCAACCAAGAAUACAGCCCGUGCCAAACCCAUGUGGAAGCUCUCGAGCCAGCCACCUCAGUCCACUGCCAGACCCUCCACGGAGCCCCAGCCCCACAUUACCCUCUACACGUCAUCAACAGCAUCCUGCCGUUCAUAGCCAUCUGCGACCAGCUACUCAGGCAACACGAAAGAAAAAAGCGUAGCAUCGAAGAAAAUCAACAGGGCAAAAGGGAGAAAAGAGAAAGCUCGAGGCUGGCGGAAGAGCAACUGAGACGUCCCUGGAUUUUGAGCUCAGAGGAAGACUACGAAGAGGAAGUGUCAAAAGACCAAAGAAGGACAAAGGAAGACCGGGAACAUCGCAAGAGAGACCAGCACUCGAAGCACGGAUGGCACACAGCCCAGGUCGAGCCAGCACCACCCACCCUUCGACCUCAGGAACAAAAAGACAAGACCAAGAAGACACAGGCCUGCACCUUGCCACGUGGGUCCCCAACACCCCCAAGUCCAUCGCCCUCCUCCACCUGGUCCUCAGGUGGGGACUCUGAAUACCAAGCUCCCAUCACAAAAGUUCCAGCCGAUUCAACUUCCCAAAGACCAGUUCGGAGACGGGCUCGAGACCCAAGCCGCUCCGAUGCCAUUAGGGCGAGAUCGGCACCCCUUCAGAUAGGUAUCCCGUGUGAGAAACAGCAGAGUGAGUGCAGGCAAAAACUCUAUACUUUAGUUCCUUUUGGACGUCGUGAGAAAAGUGCCGCGCCCUCGCAUCGUGGACUGGGAAAUCUGGUGGUGCAUAUCAAUCUCUGUCUCCUGAAAAGGGUUCCGGACAGCACUGAGACUUCCACUACCAAAAAGCCUCCGUUACACCUUUCUGCUGCUACUUCGGACAAACAACACGAGACUAUGAGGCAUCUGUGUGUCCCGGAUGGCAAGAGAAAACGCAAGAUGGAGAAUGGGGUCCCACACAGAGAAAGAAAGAGGGGUAUACCCGAUACAAUGGAAUCUUCAGGUCCUGCAAAUGACAAUCGCAUUUUUACUGAAACUACACACAGUGGGCCUGUUGAAGAGUAUUUGGAGAGUAAAAGGCCGUUGUCACCAUUACCUGACAGUCCUGGGUUUAUUAAAUCUGGCUCUCGUACAAUCCAGAAGACAUCUGAGAAGAACAGGGACAAGAACAGAGAUGCGGCUGUCAAACCAAAGAUGGAGGUGGAAUCGCAUAAAUGUUCUCAAGGCACAAAACCAGCGCCUGAAUCCUGGGGCCCAUCAGGACACAGAGGGGCCGUGACGCUUCCGGAAACUCAACACCAUGCAGAGUACUACCUACAUGAAGCUAAAAGGAUGAAGCACAGAGCUGAUGCAAUGGUUGAUAAACUUGGAAAGGCAGUAAAUUACGUCGACGCUGCGUUGUCUUUUAUGGAAUGUGGAAAGGCAAUGGAACAAGGUCCACUUGAAGCAAAGUCUCCCUAUACAAUGUAUGCUGAGACUGUUGAACUUAUAAGGUAUGCAAUGAGACUGAAGAGCCACUCAGGCCCUGCAGCGAGGCAAGAAGACAAACAACUGGCCGUCCUAUGUUUCCGAAGCCUUGCCCUUCUUUACUGGCAGAUGUUUCGCUUAAAAAAGGACCAUGCACUGAAAUAUUCUAAAGUUUUGCUUGACUAUUUCAAGACUUCUUCUAAAGUGCCUACUAGUGGUCCUUGUUGGAAUCAUUCUGGAAAGAGCCCUGGAGGGCACUCAUUGUCUCCUAAUGCCAAAAACAGCAGCUGGAGUUCACAUGUGGGAAACACGUCAUCCUCAUUCAUCAACAUUCCCCAUAGAAUCCACCAGAUGGCAGCAAACCACUUGAACAUUACCAAUAGUGUAUUGUACAGUUAUGAGUACUGGGAGGUAGCAGACAACCUUGCAAAGGAGAAUAUAGAGUUCUUCAACUACUUGAACACCUUAUCUGGCCCACUGACGCUCCACAGCAGCAUUGCUCACGCUGUGCAGUACACCAGGCAAGCUCUUCAGUGGAUACGCAUUAGUGCCAAACUCAACUAA